AUGGCCGUGAUAUACGGGCUCAUUCUCGUGAGCAUAUUCUACACAGCGAUCUCCGCCUCAUUAGCCGAACUCGCCUCUUCAAUGCCCUCGGCUGGCGGGGUAUACUACUGGUCAUCUGUUCUGAGCCGCAAUCGAGGCCGUGGAGCUGGCUUCUUUACAGGAUAUUUGAAUGCAUGCGCCUGGCUACUCUCUGCCUCUUCGAUGAGCUCCAUGCUGGGGAACGAGGCCGUUGCCAUGUAUUUACUCAACAAUACAAGCGUCAGGUGGCAGAAUUGGCAGGUCUUUAUUUGCUUCCAGGUAGUCAACUGGGCUUGCUGUGCUAUUGUCUGCCUUGGAAAUCGGUUCAUCCCGCUAAUCAACCGCAUUGCGCUAGCACUCUCCAUGAGUGGGCUCCUUGCGACUAUCGUGGUGCUCUUGGUAAUGCCCACGCGAUACGCCUCGAACGCCCAAGUCUGGACGGAAUACCACAACAAAACCGGCGGGUGGUCAGACGGGGUAUGUUUCAUGACAGGGCUAUUGAAUGCAGCGUUUGCCGUUGGAGUCCCCGACUGCAUCAGCCAUCUAUCUGAAGAAGUCCCCAGCCCAGAAACCAAAGUCCCACAAGGCAUAAUGAUCCAAAUGCUCACGGCAUUCAUUAGCUCAUUCGUUUAUCUGAUUGCCCUCUUCUACUCCAUCCGAGACCUCGACGCCGUCUACUCCAGCAACAUCGGCUUCUUCCCAACAGCCGAGAUCUACCGACAAGCAACCGGCUCCAACGCCGGCGCAAUAGCCCUGAUCGCAGUGCUCUUCCUCGCAACUUUUCCCACCCUAAUCGGCACGUUCGUGACCGGUGGCCGUAUGUGGUGGAGUCUCGCUCGGGAUAACGCGACCCCCUUCGCCAGCUACUUCGCCCACGUCCACCCAACGCUCAACUGUCCCGUCCGGGCAACUGUCGCUAUGAGCACACUAGUGACCUGCCUCGGAUGCAUAUAUAUCGGCAGCACAACGGCUUUUCAGGCGCUGAUAUCGUCGUUUAUCGUCCUCAGCUCACUCUCCUACUUUGGAGCUAUUCUCCCGCACGUACUCUCCUGCCGCCGGAACAUGGUCCCUGGGCCAUUCUACAUGGGUCAGAAGCUGGGGAUGACGGUGAACAUCGUGGCACUUAUCUAUAUUCUCGUCACGGUCGUCUUCUUCUGCUUCCCAUUGGAGUUGCCCGUGACCGUGCAGAACAUGAACUAUACCAGCGUGAUUACUACCGGGUUGAUGGUGUUGAUGGGGUUGUGGUGGUUGGCGGGUAAAGAGGGGCGGCGCUCGUUCAUUGAUGUUGCAAGUAUUGCUGCUCCGCCGCUGGCAGAGCAUCCCGCUUUUGCGAGUCGACACCUUGAGUCUCCGACGAUGAUCUUAUAA